AUGAUUCUAUCAAGCCAACAGUCAAAAAAUGGCGAUCCAGAAGUUUCAGGAGGUAAAAACGAAGGUGAACUUCACAGUAGCGAUAUUAAACUAAUACCGUUUCGAACUGUACACAUCGAUCACUUUAAUCCCUUUCCAAAAAGCUCAAAGCGUAAUGAAAAUUUUGCAAUUGCUCCAACUGUUAAAGAUACGGUCACAAAACAUGUCAUUAACCGAAGUUACUACAUUGGCGACGAGGAUAAAACUAACAUGAAUGCGGAACAGUUUAAUUUGUUGUUGCAAGCUGUGCAAAAAUCAAAUAACGCUUUGCUUGAGGAGCUUCGUUUGUCGCGGACACUACAACAAAUUGAUACGCCUUCUUCAACUACAGAAGCAGUUUCGUCAACAUUUAGGAAUCUAUCUGACUCAAUGCUAGAGUUUUGCAAUGAUCCUGAAAAUAAAGUCACAUUUGAAUCAUGGUACAAGCGUUAUAAAUCAGUUUUCGCUAUAGAAGCAGCACAUCUCACUGAGCCAAUUACGGUUCGAUUGCUCACUAGCAAAUUAAAAAAUUUGGAUUUCGAGCAAUAUGCAAACUCAAUCUUACCAAAGGAACCCCAUGAGCUUACACUCAUGCAAACGGUUGCCAAACUCUCGUCUAUUUUCGGAUAUCGCCAAUCAAAAUUUUCUCAGCGCCAAAAAUGUUUUACAAUUUCAAAACAGGAUUAUGAAGACUUUGCUCAGUAUGCUGCUCGCGUCAACAAACAUUGUGAAAAAUUUGACAUCGUUAAUUGCACUCCCGAUGAGUUUAAAGUACAAAUAUUUGUCAAUGGCUUGAAGAGUUCACAUGAUUCGUUAAUACUCGAGAAACUCCUUGAUGCCUUCAUGCACUUAACACUUCAAGACCUCGCUAAUGAAGCUGAACGUAAAAUCUGUCUGAAGCAAGACAAAUACACUGUCGUCCAGCCAUCUUCAAGUUCAGAAGUUUUUGCAAUUCACCAUCGAUAUCAACGCAAAAAUGAAUCAAUACUAUCAAAUUCUUCAACAAAAGACGAAACUUCGAAACCACCAACGCCAUGUUGGUGUUGUGGAGGUCUUCAUUGGUUUAAAGAUUGCCCAUUUAAAGGCAAAGAAUGUUCAGCAUGUAACACUAUUGGCCACAAAAAUGGUUACUGCAAUAAGAAGCCAAGCAAGUUGCGACGCAGAAAAUAUCAGCCUGACACAUCAUGUGUAAAGAAAAUUGACGAAACUAACAGAACGCAGCAGCAUCGUAGGUAUGUCAGACCAAAUCUCAAUGUAUCUACAAUUAAACUCCAACUUGAUACCGGGUCGGACAUAACAAUUAUUUCCAAAUCGAACUGGACCAAACUUGGUCAGCCAAUCCUACAAACUACUAAUAAAAAAGCUGGCGAUGCUUCUGGAAAUGUAAUUCCUCUUCUGAGCAGCUUUGCUUGUGUUGAGAACCUAAAUGGAAGAGAGGAAUAUGUUGUGUGUUAUGUCACACCACUUAAGUUGAACGUGUUUGGAAUUGAUUGGAUAACGACAUUUGACUUAUGGUCAGUGCCUAUCUGUUCCUUUUGCAAAGCAAUCCAACUAACUAGUAGCGAUAAAUUAAACGAUGAAAAAAAGGCUAGAUUUCCGUCUUUCUUUUCUAAUGACCUUGGCUGCUGUACGAAGACCCAAGCGACUCUGAGGCUAAAAGAAGGAGCGCGACCCGUUUAUCGUAACGCUCGACCAGUUCCAUAUGCAGCAGCUCCCAUAGUUUCGGCAGAACUUGAACGUCUUCAACAUCUUGGAGUAAUUUCACCAAUUGAAUACUCACAGUCAGCGGCGCCAAUCGUAGUUGUAAGAAAGAAGAAUGGAAAAAUUCGUAUAUGUGCCGAUUAUUCUACAGGUCUAAAUGACGGUCUAGAGCCAAAUAAAUAUCCUCUUCCAGCGCCUGACCAAACAUUCUCCAAACUCGCUAAUAAGAAAAUCUUUAGCACAAUUGACCUAUCAGAUGCAUUUUUCUAG